CCUUACAAUUCUGCAUUUAACAAAAAAAUUUUUUCUUCACCGUUUUCAUAAAAUAUUGCUUAAAAAAUGAAUAACUUCACAAAAGCUGCUGCACGUAUCCUUAGAAACACUCCUGUUAAGAAUGUUUUAAGUGGAAAGCGUGAUUUUGCCCGUACAAUUUGGCACCUCUCUAAGAAUUCUGGAUUUUCGGAACAACAAAAUUUUAGUGUAUUGCAGCUGCACAACCCAAGUUUAAAUUGCAAGUGUGGUUGCGGCCUAAAGCAUAUGCAUACCAAAGCUGAACGUGAAUUGGUAGAGUUUUUGACUGAAGAAAUAUUAGCUGAACGCAAAGCACAAAAGAUUAAAACUACUACUAAUCAACUAGAGGGAUUCUCAAUAACAUACGACGGAGCCGAAGUAGAAUUGAGUAAAAAAGCAGAAAAAGAAAAAAUUAUUAUUAAUUUUAAUGUUAACCAUACUGUCGACACGGAAGAAGAGCCGGAAGUUGAUCCUACUGCAGAUAAGGCAGAAGUGGGAGAAAUGCGUAGCAAACCGCGUUUCGAAGUUGAUAUCAUUAAAGGCGACACCACAUUAUCCUUUACUUGUUCUUACCUAAUGGACCCACCACAGGAGGGUGAAUAUAAUGACGUUUUCGGUAUUGAUGAGCUAACAGUUUUUAAAGGUGAAUGGAAAGAGAAUAUUUAUGCCGUAUCUGGUGAUGUUUUAGAUGGCUAUCUUUACGACUUGCUUAUGAAUCUUUUGGAAGAAAAAGGCAUCAGCAGUGAAUUUGUCGAAAAAAUGGCUGACUUGGCUACCGCUUACGAGCAUUCAUCUUAUAUAGCCCUUUUGGAGAAUUUAUCAAAAUUCACCACUGGAAAUGUCGAAGAAAAAGGUUCGAAACCAAAAAGAGAUGUCAAAUAUUUGACUGCAUAAUAACUUUGACAUUUUAAGUCAAAAUACAUACACAUAUUGGCAUAAAUCAAGUAUUGAAUACAACUCUUUCAGUAAGUUUGAGUUGAUUUAAGAUUAAUUUUCUAAUAUGUUAUGUAUUAACAUAAAAAGUAAAACCAAAAUUUCAUGUAAAUUAUAUAAAAAAGAAACAAACAUAUUAUCGAAAUUAUUUUCAAAUUCGUUAUCCAAGUUGAGAUUGAAUUUGUUCUAAUAAAACUUGACCAUUCAUAUUAUUGUAAAUCUCUGCUUCUUUGUCUCCUCACUUUGUCAUCAUUGUCAUCUUCACUUUGAAAAAUCUUGAAUUUAUAUUAGUAAGAAAGCUAUCAUAGUUUUUAAUUAAGAUUAAAACAGAUUAAGUUCUAUGCCAUUAACGAUAAAAAAUGCGAACAGUGAAAUUGUUUCAUAAAUUGAUUUAACAGACAUGUCUAUAUAUGGUAGCUACCUCGAUAUUCUAUCAACGAGUAUCUUUUCCGGACUUCACUUUGUGUUCCGACCAAUUCCUAAUAGAUUAAUGUGUCUAUGCGGCUGCUGUCCCACUGUAAUGAUCUAAAAUAAACAAUACCAAUAAGUAAGCUUGGACGUAUGUACCUAAAUGUAUGUAUAUAAAAGACAAUUUGACAACAAAGUGAUUGGUUCAUUUUCUUAUACAACAACAAUAAAACUUGAUUAAUAUUUGAAAUUUUAAAGCAAAAUUUACUGUCAUUUUUUUGGUUUGGUUGUGAGAUAAGGCAAAGGCUGUAUAUUCUUGAAUGCAAUCGUUAGAAUUUUAUAAAGAA